AUGAACGAUGAAACAGCCUUGUUUCUGCACCUUGUCUUUCUUGAAUGCCGUCAGCAGCUCCUUACACCCACUCCGGGUGAUAAUGUAAAAUGGCCUAAUCGCUCUCGCAUAGGCCGACUUACCGUGCCGUUUAAAGCGAACAACCGUCAGGGCAACCAGUUAGUCCAUGCUGCUCCACAAAGUAGAUUAAAUGCGCGCUCCCCACGCCUGAACAAGCCCCUCUCGAUCCUCCUCGAAGAGAAGCCCACAAUUUCGCAUGAUAGAGAAAUGAAGCGGACGCAAAAAAACUCGAAAGGUUCUUUGUGCCCUGCUACUCACGGUGUACUCCAACAUGGAAGUUAUGGCACUGUUCAAAGUCGAACAACUGCAGAUGCAAUAUUUGGUGCUCAAUCCCCACAGAAAGCCAUUUACAUGGGCAGUAGGGCUGCGGAGUUAUCCGAAACCCUCAGUAUUGCUGAUAACCACGCAGUCUCGUACAAGGAAGCUUUGUCACAGGCAUUAGUAGAAUUGCUUCUCAACGACACUCUUCAUGCACUGAAGAAUGCUGAGGCCUCCAAACAAGUCCAAAUUCUAACCAAAACUUCCUACUCUCUGGAAGGUCCUGCCAUCCUCAGAUGGACGGGGUCGGCUUGGCAGCCACAGGUUCAUCCUUUGGGGCUUCAAUCACCAAGCUGUCUGACGCCUCUGGCAAUACAUAUUCCCAAAAUUCUCAUUCUGAACCCACAACAGGGUUUCCUGCCACCAAUGGGCGAAAGAGUACAGUUCGAACCCGACACACACUUCCUCCAAUUGCGCCAAGUAAGACCACCCCUCAGAUUGCACGACAGCGGAGCCGAACAUCCAGUGGAGUCAAUUGGCUCCCGCCACUGUUCCCCACCACCACGGCUCUUGGCAAUGUUUGUACUGGUAGUGACGCAAACUUUUAUUAUUCGACCCAACUGUCCCUACGUGGUGUGA